GGGGGACCCGCACCACGUGACCGCGGGGCCGCUAAGUGCACUGCGCAUGCGUGAGUCCCCCUCUUUCCCCCCCGGGCGAAAUGGCGGACGCAGAACAGAAGAAAGAGGAGGUGCCGGUGGAGAAGAAGAAGAAAAAGGAUGGGAAGAAAGUGCCCCAGGUGCCCGAGUCUCUGCUCAAGAGGAGGAAGGCAUUCCAGGCCAUGCGCACCAUGCGGGCCAAGCAGCGAGUUCGUGAUCGCUUGAACCGGCGGGUGACGCGCCAUCUGAUCUACAAGCGCGCCGAGGCGUACGUCAAGGAGUACCACUCUAAGGAGCGCAGUGAGAUCCGUCUGGCGAGGAUGGCGCGCAAGGCUGGCAACUUCUACGUCCCCGCCGAGCCCAAGCUCGCGUUCGUCAUCCGCAUUCGCGGUAUCAACGGGGUGAGCCCCAAGGUGCGCAAGGUCCUGCAGCUCCUGAGGCUGCGGCAGAUCUUCAACGGUGUGUUUGUGCGCAUCAACAAGGCGUCCAUCAACAUGCUGCGCAUUGCAGAGCCCUACAUCGCCUGGGGCUACCCCAACCUGAAGACGGUGCGGGAACUCGUGUACAAGCGUGGCUUCGGCAAGAUCAAGAAGCAGCGCAUCCCCCUCACUGACAACUCGCUCAUCGAGAAGAACCUCGGGAAGACUGGCAUCAUAUGCAUCGAGGACCUCAUCCACGAGAUCUUCACGGUCGGCAAGAACUUCAAGUUGGCCAACAACUUCCUGUGGCCCUUCAAGCUGUCGUCCCCACGCGGCGGCAUGCGCAAGAAGACGACUCACUACGUCGAGGGCGGCGACGCCGGCAACCGCGAGGACCAGAUCAACCGCCUCGUGCGACAGAUGAACUGAGUCAUUACAAGUCAAGACCAACUUCCACCUGUCCUGCCCCAGUCUGCCCAGCUCAAACAGAUGCCAAUAAACGUUUUAAAAAUUCA